UUUUUUUUUUUUUUUUACUUUCUCCUCCUUAUACCUUUUUUUGUAAUGUCAAGUCUUCAUUCUAUCUUUGAAACUCAUUCUUCAAGUCAUCAACCUGCUAUAGUUAUCCCCAAGUCCUGUACAGUUCCAACAACUUUGACAUAUCGCGAACUUGAACAAGUGAUACAAGACUUUAGCACCAAGCUUACCAGUAUUCUUCCUUCUGAAAGUUUGACGCUAGGCAAUGCUAUCUCCAUUGCUUAUCCCAAUAGUCUUGAAUUCGUAGUUAGUUUCUUAGGAUGUGCUUUUAUGCAACUGGUGGCAUCUCCUUUGAAUCCGGCCUACACCAAAGAUGAAUUCUUGUUUUACCUUGAAGAUGCCAAAAGUACUGUCAUGAUCGUUCCUCCUGGUUCCAUUCAACGUAACUAUGCUGCUGUCAUUGCUGCUCAGGAAAGACGUGGUGUCUAUGUGGUAGAAUUGUUUUGGGACGGAAACUCUAUUCAAUUGUAUUCUCCUUAUGCUCGUUCUACUUCUACAAUUCAACCUAUUUCUUUUCAUCCUCAACCUCAAGAUGUGGCUUUACUUUUACAUACUAGUGGGACUACUGGACGACCUAAAGGUGUUCCUUUGACUCAUCUCAAUUUGACAACUUCUAUGAAAAAUAUUAUUCGAACUUAUGAACUCUCUCAACAAGAUAAAACUCUUUUGGUAAUGCCUUUAUUUCACGUUCAUGGUUUGAUUUGUGGUCUACUCGCAACUUUAUUGUCAGGUGGUACGGCUGUGAUUCCGAACAGAUUUAGUGCUUCUCAUUUCUGGACAGAUUUCAUGGAUAAUGGUUGUAACUGGUAUACUGCAGUACCUACGAUUCAUCAGAUAUUGCUACGCAAUCCCCCAACACAAGUCCCCAAGAUUCGGUUUAUCAGAUCAUGUUCCUCAAGUCUUGCACCAUCUACUUUCCAUGCAAUUGAAAACAUAUUCAAGGCACCUGUAUUAGAAGCUUAUGCUAUGACGGAAGCAAGUCAUCAGAUGACAUCCAACCCAUUACCUAAGAAUGGAUUACACAAACCUGGAUCUGUUGGUUUUGGUCAAGGGGUGGAAGUCGUGAUUUUAGAUGAUGAAGGCAACCCUGUGAAAGAAGGUGAAGUAUGUAUCCGUGGACUGAAUGUGACCAAAGGUUAUCUCAACAAUCCCAAGGCAACUGCUGAAUCAUUUACAAAAGAUGGUUAUUUCCGUACCGGUGAUCAAGGGAAGAAGGAUAAGGAUGGUUAUGUGAUAUUAACUGGACGUAUCAAGGAAUUGAUCAAUCGUGGUGGAGAAAAAAUCUCUCCUUUGGAAUUGGAUUCUAUUUUACUUAGUCAUCCCAGUGUAGCUGAAGCUGUGUCAUUCGGUGUACCGGAUGAAAUGUAUGGUCAAGAAGUACAUGCUGCUGUCGUUCUCAAAUCAUCUACUACAGAAAAGGAAUUACAAGAUUAUGUCAACUCAAAGGUGGCGAAAUUCAAAGUACCUAAACGAAUUUAUGUGACGGAUCAUCUUCCCAAAACUGGUACUGGCAAAGUUCAACGACGUAAAAUGGUGGAUAUUUUCUUCAAACCGAACUACUCUGUUCCUCUGGCCAAACUUUAGUUUGUACUAUUCAUAAUAUAUGUUGUAGACAAUAGUUAGAUUUUUUAGAUGUAUGUUUAUACAAUUAUUUGAUUCAAUAAAAA